AUGGGCGCAAUACUUUCCCGGAAGCGUAGGGGAGGACGCGGAAGGCAGAUGGACCUCGGCAGCGAGGAGGGCGCCCAUUCGGACACCGGCGUCGUUGCAGCGGACCCCUUCUUGGACGGUAUGCCCAGCGAGCCCAGAAACGAGUGGGAGUACCCGCAUGCGGUAGAUCACUCGAGCUCGGCUGUGGCGCGGUCAUCACCAGCUGCUGCCUACUCGCGCGCUGGUAACCCCGACGAGGACGUGGACAUUCCCCCGGUCUCGCAUCAGCCCCCCCAAAGAAUCAUGGCCGUUCUGUCCGCUUCUAGGUCCCUGGCGAUCGUAGAAGAAUACCGCAUCCCGCAGGAGCCUCCGCCACCGUACGAGCAGAUCUCCGCCCACGACGCUCACAGCACAGCGCACUUGAGCGCUCUCGACUGGGACCGCCCUCCGCCGCUCUCCAGUGGUCGCGAAUGGUUGCAAGUUAUGAGGUCAACGACGGAACAACCUCCCGCUGCGACGCUGGGCGCGCCCAUCGGCCAUAACUUGAGCGCACACCGCGAGACCCCUCCCGGUCUUCAUUACGCGCCACCAGCUAGAAGUGAUGGCCCCGCACACUCUCCUUCACUCGGCAGAGUUCGUCCACUGCCUCCGCUCCCUUCGCUAGGAGCGGACUUACCUCCGUACGUCCACGAACAGCCGAGCGGUAAUAACAGUCUGCGCUCUCCGCUGGAUUUGCACGCAAAUGGCGUAAGGUUACUACCGGACGCUAGCCACAUUCUAGGACGUCGGGAUCAAACGGAGAAUGAGACCGUCGGCGGCCCUAUUCCAGAGGUACGCUUCGGCUUUAAUGCUGGAGGCCAAUUACUGACAAAUUUCCCAUCUCUCCUUUCCACAUCAUCCCUGUCAUCCAUUCUCCACUGCCCUGUAUUCUGUAACUCAAUGAAAUGA